CUCUCUCCCUCUCUUUUUCGCUUUUCCUUUUCUUCUCCUCCAUUCCCUCCUUCAUCUCGUCCGUCUUUCAUUCAGCUUCCAGCCAAAAUCCCCCCCAACCCCAGUCACUCUUUUGACCCCCCUCCCCAGCUCGAGGAUAUCUGUCCUUCGCUCUUUAUCUGAACUUUGUACAACCACACCCUAUAUACACUUAAUAACUUCACGCGAAGAGUCGGGAUAUAACACCGCCUUUCCCAGAGUUCACAAUGAAGUUCACUGCUAUCGUCCUUUCCGCCCUCGUGGCCGUUGCCUCUGCCAUCAGGCAACCAGACUACAGCCAGCCCCCAAAGGGCAAUGCCAUCUCUAAGCCUGGCUUGGACGAGCAGGUCGUCGCUGGUGAGGAAUACACCAUCACCUGGGACGCAGACAGCCCAGGACCUAUCUCCAUCCAGCUGCUCCGUGGCCCCAGCGAGAACGUCAAGCCCAUCGCUGUCAUCACCGCUUCCACCGAAAACACCGGCUCCUUCAAAUGGACUCCCUCCAUCACUCUCGAGAACGACGUGACCCACUACGGCCUCCUCAUCGUCGAUCAGUCCACCGGUCAGUACCAAUGGUCCACCCAGUUCGGCAUCAAGAACGACCACCAUGAGCAGCCCGCCCCGUCCGUCACUCGCACCCUCAUCGAGCCUCCUCCCGUUGUCACUCUCACCACCACGAUUUGCGACGAGACCACCGCUCCGUACCCCACCGGCACUGCCCCAGGCACUGUUUCCUCCUCUGUGCCAACUGCUCCCACCAGCUACCGCGCCACGCCCACUCCAUCUCCAUCCUCUCCACCAUUCGAGGGUGCUGCUGGCCGCAACGCCUUCAGCUUCGGAGGCGCAAUCCUCGCCGUUGCUGCCGUCCUGGCUUUCUAAAUUCCCCUCCCGGCUUCGCGCUCCCUUGCGAAUAAUAACCUCGCCUUGAGAGCGACAUCUUCAUGAUACACAUGUUCUGCUUCUUUCUAAUACAAACUCUUUUUUUGUUACAUCUGAGCCGUUUGUGCUGCGACGGUGAUUUAUUCUCGCUAGGGAACCCACGGGGAAAUGGAAAGCCUUUACUGCUCAAUCGCAUCAUCUUUUACUCCCUUUUUUCAUGAAAAUGGAAAGCGACGGUUAAUUCUUACUGAUUGGGACGGGUCUUUCAUGUGUGAGGAAUUGUAUGCAAGUACAAGUACAUAUUGUUGGUUUUUGAUUUGAUAGGGCAAGAGCCUUUAUUUUUUUCUUAUUUUCAACCUUCGUGUAUUUACUUCCAUCAUGAACGGCUGCUGGAACAACGGG